AUGAAUGUAAUUAAAGAUAUUGAUGUCAAAGCUAUAAUUAUUGGAAUAAUUAUCACAACUACAAUAAAUAUAAUCGAUGGUGAUGUAGUCAGUGAAAUACCAAGAACGGUGUACCAAAAAGACAGUCCUGGAUAUAAGGACAUCAUAGAACCAGAACCACUGCCAGUUUUACACGCGAAUGAUAGUAAAUGCCGAAUAUCUGAGUAUCAGUGUUUUAAUAAGAAAUGUAUACCGAUUAAUCGAUUUUGUGACGGCAGCAACGAUUGUGGCGACGCGUCGGAUGAACCGAGACAUUGUACACGCUGCAACAAAACAUAUUACGGCGAUAUCGGACGUACAUACGAGCUUGAGCUUCACAGACCAAGGGAAGACCUCGUCCCUUAUGUGUGCCUGCUUACAAUAACUGCUGCUGGUGGCAUACAUGGGGAUUUAGUACAGGGCUUUGUCGGUUUGUUUAAUCAUUCACCUUAUCAUAACGAUUACAAUAUUGUUGAAUAUAACAAUGUUAAUACUAAUAGUACGUUUGAAUUAAAC